ACUCUACUAGGAAUUAAUCAAGAUGAAUUAUUCGUUUUAGUGCUCCGGUUUCGUUGCGAACUUGUUGACACAAAUUGUAUAAAGACUGUUAUUAGGAGUUUAUGUAUAUAGUUUUGUAUUAAGUGCUUGUGGAAAAUCAGUACUAAUGAAACUAAGUAUCACGUCGUCCGACUAAGUAGUACAAUAUUAUAAUAAAGGAUUAAAUUCUUUAACUGCGUAAAAGUUGGUUGUAGGUCGAUUUAAAAAAUACAAUUUAAUUUUAUAUGCAAAUUUAAAGCGCGUUCUCAUGAGUCGAAGUUUAUUGAUGAAUUCCAGUUGAUCAAUAAGAUUUAUAACCAAUUAGUCAUGAGAAAGUUUACUUGAUUGGAAUUGAAAAACUUUGCAGUGAAAUAAUUUGAUUAAAUCAUACCUUAUAGUUCAACAACUUGAUUUUUAGUUUUGUUUGAUGUAGCUGUGUUUGAUGAAUUGAUGGAUGAAAUGAGCAUGAGUUCUAUUUCAUAAAUAGAUGGAUUUCAUAGGCGUAAGGGAUAUGUCUGUUGUAUUUUCUAGUUUUUGGAAUCACCGGAAAGAAAACGAAAGGAAAAUUUUCAAAAUUACCGGACUGUAAUUUAUGUACAGGGCAAUUGUUGUGAUGUUAUUUUUUACACUAGUCGACAACCUAAUUAGAGCAUACUCGAGGAAAUAUAAUCAUUGCUUAGGAAUACGUUGAUGAUCUCUUUCCUCAACUGUAAAAAAGUUCGUAAAUCUUAUGAUAAAAGGUCGUGAAUUUUCUUCUAACGAGGAGGUAAUAAAAGCUGUGAAGGUUUGGUUUGCGGAACAAGAAGAAACAUUUUUUUUUGAAAGGUCUAGAGCCGUUGCAGGUUCGCUGUAAUAAAUGUAUCCAAUUAAGAGGAGAAUAUGUUGAGUAAUAAAAUAUUUGGUAUUGAAAUUUUGUUUGGUUCUAUACUAGGCUAAGAUUUUUCAAUAUAUCCUCGUAUAUGCAACCAAAACAAAAAGAAACAGUAAACGUGCAUAAUUCAGUCCUAGUCAUUGAGUUUAUCGGGUUAUUUAAACUUCACCGUUAAUUUUACAAAUGAACAAAAGUUCAUAUAUAACUUUAUUACAUUGUUGUAAGUAACUAUGAAAAUUUGUAAAUUUUAGUAGAUAGAUAAGUCGUAGAUAAAGUAUAAGGUUCUACUUGCUUCUACUCGAUUAGUUACUUCAUCUUCAUCACAUAUCACCAACAUUAUGGAAUUUAUUCAUCAUUCUUAAUUCACCUUUAUAUAAAGAUUCUUUUUACAUGAGCUGUCGCCCUUUAAGAUGAUGCUAUAAUAGCCCAUUCGGUUAUUGUACGAAGCAAUUUGAAAGUAAUAAAAAUAAGGUUAACCUUCAUUAUCCAUUACUAUCCCUUUCAAUAAUAUGAAAUAAUUUAUUUCACUUUCUGGUUGUUAAUAAUGUUAUAAAAUAUUUCUUGGAAAGGAAUCUAUCGACGUAAAUUUUGAGGGAUGCGCAUAAAAUUACAUCUAGUGCCUAUAGUUUACGUUUGGAAUGAUAAUUUCUGAACACCCUUUAUAUUUUCCAAUUGUUAGUUUGUUUUCAAACUUCGGAAUUCAAUUGAUUGCGAUUAUAAAAUUAAUACUGACCCAAACCUGUUGACCUGGUUAUCUUUAUUAACACAAAGAGUAAGGCGAAGUUGUUUUUAAGUUAUUGACCAGACUUGAUAGUGACAGAGACAUACUUCUACCAUGAACGUCCAGUCUCGUUAGUUAAAUAUUUCGUCUAGUCAGAGAUAUGAACGAAGUGAAGUUUUGGUUUUGUUUUCUAUCUUUUUGGAUUUAUAAUAAUUUUGUAUUGACAGUGCCUAAGUUAAGAACAGAUAUAUGGCGUGAAGUUAAUAGUGAAUAUGAACAUGAUACGAAGUUGCUUAAAAAUAAAUUCGUCCAUGGGGAUACUUCUAGAUUGCCCAGGGUGUUGAAUUUUUUUCCUGUGCCCGUAGAGGAAGAAUGCAAUGCCAAUGAUGGUCGACGCAAAGGAGUUUGCAUGAAUACAUACGAAUGUAAAAUGAAAAGUGGAGUAUCCUUUGGUUCAUGUGCUUAUGGAUUUGGAGUUUGCUGCGUAUUUACCGCUACAUGCGACAAUGAAAUUUUCAACAACAUCACUUAUUUCGUCAAUCCUGAUUUUCCUGAUCUGACAAAAGGCAUGUCUUCUUGUUUAUUGAUGGUAAAAAAGAUGGACGACGACAUUGCUCAGAUACGUUUGGAUUUUAUACACUUUAAUUUGGGACAGCCUAACAGAAAAAACGGAGUGUGUGAGGACGAUGUAUUUCUAUUGUCGACUGGAAAUACUGCGAGAGAUGUAACUUUAUGCGGACUUAACAGUGGACAGCACAUUUAUUUCGACGUCGAGAAUAUACAAGAACAUAUAAAAAUAAGUAUGAAACUGAAUAGAAAAGCAGUAAAUAGACUUUGGGAAGUGAAAAUAACACAAAUUCCUUUUUCACAAAGGGCGCCAGCUGGAUGUUUACAAUAUUUUGAAGGGUCUACAGGAGUUGUUCAAACAUUAAAUUUCGCCGAAAAUGGUCGGCAUUUAGCUAACCAAGAUUACAAUAUAUGCAUUCGACAAGAAGAAGAAAUGUGUGGUAUUGUAUACGAACCUUGUCAUGAAAACGCUUUCAGAAUUAGUGCUAAUAAUGGAAACGAUGACGGGGAUUUAGGAUCAGGUGAUUUUGUUGAUAGCUCAGAAGGGGGACAAAUGGAAACUUGUGAAGAUAAAAUCACCGUGCCAUGUGAAUCAGACGACUUAUUAUCUCCUGGAGAUGAAGAUUUAUUGCAAGGAACAUGUGAUAUCAGUCAUUGUGGAUCGUCACUUUGUCCUGCUGGAGAACGUCCUUGUAGGAUAGAGAGUACGGUGACACCUUUCGUUAUUGGUGUUCAUUUCGGGCCCAGUCUUAGAGAUGAAUCUCCUGAGGAUAAUUUGGGAAUGUGUUUAGUUUACAAGCAAUUACCAUGUAACGUUUGAUAUGUAUAAUAAAUGUUGUGUUUAAAGGUUAAAA